ACCGACAUGAACUUCGAAGUCUCGUAUCCAUCAGUCGAAAGACCAUUUGGCGUCCACUUAUGGCCCAUUUUUGACUACGCAUUCGAACGCGUGGUGGGCUAUCCCGCCACUCAGUUUGAGUUUCUCCACAACCAGACAUUCUUGGCCAACGGCUACCAUGCGGUGGGUGUCAUCAUUGUCUACUACCUUGUCAUUUUUGGCGGACGCUUUGUCAUGACCACCCUCGACGUGCCGGCGCUUAAGUUGAACUUGUUGUUCCAGUUGCACAACCUCGUAUUGACGGCGGGGUCAGGGAUUUUGUUAUUGUUGUCGAUUGAACAAGUUUUGCCCAUCAUCGUGAAGGAUGGGAUUUUUGGGGCGAUCUGCUACGAAACCGCGUUUACCCAGAAGUUGGUAACUCUCUACUACUUGAAUUACCUCACCAAGUACUUAGAGCUUGUGGAUACGGUAUUUUUGGUGUUGAAGCGCAAAAAGUUGUUGUUUUUGCACGUCUACCACCACGGCGCCACCGCGCUCUUGUGCUACACCCAGUUGGUAGGGUACACGGCGGUAGAAUGGGUGCCUAUUACUUUGAAUCUCACGGUGCACGUGGUGAUGUACUGGUACUAUUUCCUCUCUGCUCGGGGCAUUCGUGUGUGGUGGAAGGAAUGGGUAACCCGGAUCCAGAUUGUGCAGUUUGUCAUUGACUUGGUAUUUAUCUAUUUUGCCACCUACACCCACUUUGCAUUUGCGUACUUCCCCAACGUGCCACAAUAUGGUAAGGACUGUUACGGGUCGGAAGUUGCUGCUGUCUACGGGGUGUUGAUCAUUACCAGCUACUUGCUUUUGUUUAUCUCCUUUUACUUUAGCGUGUACCGCGGAAAGUCGAAGAAGGUUGCCACUGCCAUUGCCACUGCCAGUGCUACCAAUGACGUUAAGCCCACUGCCACUACCAGUGGCAGUACCACUGGUAGUACCACUGGUAGUACUGCCAAGAAGCAUGUCACCAAGCUGAAGUCCAGGAAGGCUUAAGUCCCUGUCAGCGGUAUUCUCGGCAGCCGGGAUCGGUUGGAUCUCCAAUUUGUGUAUAGCCGCUCUAAUAUAAGUCUAGAC